AUGAACUACAUACGAUUUUUCUUUAAACAGCAAUUAAAGAGUCUUCCCCACAUUUUGCUACUGAGCAUGGUGGCACUCCACCAACUGGAUUCGGGCGCUGGGUCACGUAUCCUGGCAGCUUUUUUCUUUCCCGGAAGAAGCCACUUUAUGAUGACCAAUGCCAUUAUCCGGGAACUAGUGAAACGAGGCCAUGAAGUCACCUUCAUCACACCGUUUUCCUUGGCCAAAGAGAAGCUGGGACCCAACUACAAGGAAAUUGUUAUUUCGCAAUACUAUUUCUGGCCAGAGAUUCAAAAGAUGACCAAGAGGAGCAGCAUUCUGGAGAUGUCCGAUGUGGACAAUUUGACCUUCCUGCGCAUAGCCAAUGUGAUAGGUGUCCACAGCACAGACUUUGCCUUUGAGCAGCCAGAGAUCCAGGCAUUAAUCAAUGCCAAGGAUAAGGAGGGGAAGUACGAUCUCCUCCUGGCAGAGCAGUUCUUCAACGAGGGAGCCCUCAUCCUGGGACAUCUCUACCAAAUACCCACGAUCACCGUCUCCACCUUUGGCAAUGCCAACUAUCUCAGCCAGCUUUUUGGCGUAGUCUCUCCCUGGUCAUAUGUUCCUCACGCGUAUAUGCCAUAUACGGAUAAGAUGACUCUAUGGGAACGCAUCGGGAAUGUGGCCGUCAGUGGUUCCGAAGAUCUCAUUAGAGAAUUCUCCUAUUAUCCCCAUCAGGAUGCCAUACUGCAGAAACACUUUUCAAAAACCCUUGAUAGAGUUCCUACUAUCAAGGAGCUAGAGAGAAAUAUCUCUGUUGUUCUGCUUAACAGCUACAUGCCCCUGGCCUCACCCAGACCCAUUUCCUACAAUAUGAUUCAAGUCGGUGGAGUUCACAUCCAGCCGACCAAAGCAUUACCGGAGGAUCUGAAGCAGUUCCUGGAUGGAGCCACUCAUGGAGCUAUUUACUUUAGUCUUGGCUCCCAUAUACGCAGUGCCGAUAUGCCGCCUGAAAAUCUAAAGAUUUUCCUGGAUGUCUUUGGUAGGCUGAAGCAGCGGGUUCUGUGGAAGUUCGAGAACGAAACUCUACCCAAUCUUCCACCCAAUGUGAAGAUUCAGAGCUGGUUGCCUCAGGCUGACAUCCUGGCCCAUCCUAACGUUAAAGUAUUCAUCGCCCAUGGAGGACUCUUUGGCACUCAAGAAGCAGUGCACAAUGGCGUUCCCAUCCUGGGCAUGCCCGUAUUUUUCGAUCAGCAUAUGAAUAUUAACCAAGUCAAGAAGGCGGGCUAUGCCUUGGGUUUGGAUUAUCAGAAGGUGACGGAAGAAGAGCUCAGAGAGUCGCUUCUGGAGCUGAUUGAGAAUCCCAAGUAUAGGGAGAAUAUGAGGCUGGCAUCCAAGGUGUUCCGUGAUCGACCCCUCAGCGCCAUGGAUACGGCAAUGUACUGGAUAAACUAUGUGAUUGAGCAUCGUGGAGCUCCUCAUCUGGUUUCUGCUGGGGUACACCUGCCCUGGUAUCAGUUUUACCUGCUGGACAUUGCUGGCCUGGCUCUAGUCCUUAUUCUUCUGCCGAUCAUUGCUUUACACAUCAUUUGCCGCAGAAGCUAUAAAUCUAUGAAUUCUCACAAGCUAAAGGCCAAAACAAAUUAA